UGUUUGGAAUUAAUUUGGAAUAAAUUAAAAAGAACAACAUUGAAUAUGUAUAAUUUCAGUGUAUUUGAGUUAAAUUUGGAGAACUUCCACAGGCUAAUGUGUGAUAACAAACAAAAUAUCCACAUAAACAAAACGCAAUGAUAAUACCAUCACAUUUGAUUGAAUACAGGUUUUGUGAAUACAGGCAUCAUUCAAGUGUCACUAAAACCCCAGCCUGUCUUCAUGCAGAUGGAUGCUGUAUUCCUCAACAUGUUUCUGGUACCUGUGCUGCUUCUGGGCUGCGUGUGUGUGCUGCCUCUCCAUGGCCAGAAGCCAGGACAGGUGGACCCAUUGACUCUGAACAGGGCUUCACAGUGCUGGACCUCCUCCUCGGAACUCCUUCUGGAGAUGCGCUCCCCGAGGAUUGCCGACACUGUGCCUGCCUUCUGGGACCUGAUGGUGUUCCUCAAGUCAUCAGACAACAGGAAGCACAGUGCUCUAUUUUGGGACCUAGCCCAGGUGUUUUGGGACAUCUAUGUGGAUUGUGUCAUGUCUCGGACCCAUGGACUAGGGAGGCGCCAGCUGAAACGGCCCCGUGAGCAGAUCACUGCCACGCGCUCUCUCAUCACUGACAAAUCUUUUAUUCAGGACACCAACUACUCUAAACUGAAGGAGUCUGCUCAAGGCUGCCUUAAGAUCCAGGUUCAGCAUUUUGGACCAGGCGUUUUAAGACACAUCCUUUGUGCCAGGGGUAUUAAGAGGAGAUCAAUUUUUUAACAAUACAUAAUGGUUGA